AUGCCGGAUGAUAACAGGCUGCACCAGCUACCAGGCUCGUUGGGUAGUUACGACCUGUUCAGCGUGGAAGCAUGUUCCAGCCAUCUUCCGAAGAACAUCAGUGAGAGUGGCGGUUUGUUCUUCCCCAUGUGGCAGAGAGAAGCUAUGUGGCUGAACUUCAAGCCAAAGCAGCAUAAGUGGGCUGUUCGUGUUUUCAUCGGCCACAUCAACACUAUUUCGGGUCGUGCGAUAGAGGAGACUACUGAUAAAAACGCCGAGGAGAAGCAGCAGGAUUACAUCGUCAUACCUGGUCAACGAUGGUUAGAUGGUAUUUGUGUAGCGCCUGGCGUAGUUCGCCAGUUUGUCGCUAUGCCGCUGGGAUCUGGAUACACUGUCGAGGGCCAAAAGACAUCAAAAGAGCAGCAUGGAGGGCUUCAGAUUGAAAUCACACCGGAACUUCUUCCAAAGCGACGCUUAUGGUCGUUCAGCAAGGACAAAUAUAUAGUGAAGAGCGCACGCGGUUUUUCUAGUGACCUUGACGAAAUGAAGACGCCUGAGCAGCUUGGUAGAGAUAUUGGCGACGUUUUGAGAUCUUACCCGACCGACUCUACUUACGAGGUGCCUCUCAAGGCGAAGCAUCUCGCAGAACCAGGAACAGAUAUUAAGUGUAAAUUAACGCAUAUCGUCCCACGGCCUCCGCCGAUGGAUGUCAAAGCAUACGCCGAAGCUUCUGGACAAUUUUUCGUUAUAGAAGAAAAGGUAGAUGAGCGCCUCGACGGAGGUGAUUUCAACAACAUGAAGAGUGUUAGCCAGAUGGACCAACAGGUCGGUAUCAGCACUGAACCAGAGUUCGACCCAACAAAGCCGAAGAUGUGCACGACAUGCGAGCUGCGACUGUGUGAUUGCAUGUAA